GAGGGCAGGGGAAAUUUUGAGGAAAUGGGGUUUGAGAACUCCUCCUAUAUCCAGCUCCACAUUCCUGCUUCACACACUUUCCUUCCAGUUUUGGAGCUACGGUGUUUACUAAGAAAGACAGAGGGGAAUAAACGGAGAAGAGCAACGACUGUAAACAUCAGAAGAUUGCAAAAAAGGGUUGAAAAUCUUUGGCACUGAAGCUGGAAGGGUUGCUUGAGCAGGAUUCAACUCUUGCUCUCUAAACAGUCAUGGCCUUGCUGCUCAUCUUCAUCACUCUGCUGCACUUGGUCACCUUGGCCAUGCUCUUCGUCGCCACUCUGGAGAAGUCCUGGUGGGUUUGGACCGAUUCAGAGAUCACUGACCUCUGGAAUAACUGCUUCUACAAUAACGCCACAAACAUCUGGGUGUGUGCUUCUACAACUGAAAGCGACUGGCUGCAGUCAGUCCAGGCCCUUAUGAUCCUCUCUGUGGUCUUCUCCUGCAUCUCCUUCCUGGUUUUUCUGAGUCAGCUGUUCCUCUUGUCCAAAGGGAGCCUCUUCUACUUCACAGGCCUCUGCCAGGCCUUUGCAGGUUUUACAGCCUUUUCUGCCWGCCUCAUCUUCACCUUCCACAGAAAUGAGAUUUUAGGCGACUCCAGAGAUCUGAGCAGAGGACGAUUUGGUUACUGUUUCAUCCUGGCUUGGCUAAGUGUUCCCCUCCUUCUUGUCAGCGGAGCCCUGUAUGCCCAUUUGCGCAAAAAGCAGUAAAAUAAAAAAAAAUAACCUUUUUUUUCAAGUGCGACRUUUUGCUUUAAGUUUAUAACAGUAAGGCAAGAAGAUAAAGAAUUAAACACUUCUGGAAAUGAACCACUUCUAUUUUCUUUUUGCUCUSGUAUGAGGAAAAUUAAAUUAUCUUUCUAACCUCUGUGUGACAUCAGACAAUCUGAGUUCAUGACGUGCUGUAUGAUGAAUGACAACAAAACACGUUAAAUUCUACAGAUAUGUUUAUUUUUUAUGACUAUUUGAAGCAAAUCAGAAUACUUGUUUUUGUGUUUUAAGAAGAAAAGCACCCAUUGUCGCCAUUGUUCAGCCGUACUGAAGAGGAUUUGUUCGGGGUGGUUUGGUUGCCUUGUGUGUCAUGCUGAGAAGGAAAAGACACAAUGCCGUGAUGACAAGAGGAUUGUGUGUUUUUUCUUCAGUAAUUUGUGGGAUCAGUUGUUUACUUACUCUUAAGCUUAAAGAGARGAGCAAACCAGUAUUUAAAUAAAAGCAAUCUGCUCGAGCAACAACACUCCAAGUCAAAUAAAUAAUUAUUGCCCACUGCUGAAAGGCAAAAGAUAA